UGGCCUCUCUCUCAGCGAGCCGGAGCUGAAUCGUUGACAGUAACUGUAUCAUCUAAAAUUAACCCAUUAUCUUUUGGACAAACCUUUCUUUCACGAUGCAGAAGAUAAAGUCACUUAUGGCCCGGCAGGGCCUGAAAAGCCCACAGGAGAGCAUGGCAGACCUCAGCCCAGUGGAGAACUUCAGGAUCCCAAGCAAGGAGGAGUUGAGGGAGAUGAGGGAGCAGCCCAUCGACCCCCAGGCGGAGCAGGAGAUCAUUAACAGCAUCCAGGAGGUCUACUAUUCCAACGACUCCUUCGACAUGGUGCAGCACGAGCUGGAGAAACUCCCACCUGAGCUGAACCUGCUGGAGCUGGAGGAGUACAGAGACAAGCUGAAGAGACAACAAGCAGCGGUUUCCAAAAAGGUCGCCGAUCUUAUCCUGGAAAAACAGCCGUCCUACGUCAAGGAGCUGGAGCGGGUGACGUCCUUACAAACCAAUCUACAGCUGGCUGCAGUGAUCUGCACCAACGCUAGGAGGCAGCUGAGUAUUUCAAAGGAGGACUUCACAGAGGCCAGCCUGGGGCUCCUAGCCAAUCAGAGGAGGAGACAGCUGCUCACAGGGCUGCUGAAGUCACUGAGGACCAUCAAGACCCUGCAAAGGACUGAUGUUAGACUCAGUGAGAUGCUGGAGGAGGAGGACUAUCCAGGUGCCAUCCAGUUGUGUCUGGAAUGUCAGAAGGCUGCCAGCACAUUCAAACACUACAGCUGCAUAAGUGAGUUGAAUUCCAAGCUUCAAGACACUCUGGAGCAGAUCGAGGAGCAGCUGGAUGUGGCCCUGUCUAAAACCUGCAAGCACUUUGACAUCUCCCACUACACCAGAGUUCAGCUGGCGUACACCCUCCUGGAAAAGACGCAGACGGCCAUGGACCAGCUCCACAUGCACUUUACCCAGGCCAUCCACAACACUGUGUUCCAGGUGGUACUGGGAUACGUGGAGCUCUGCGCCGGCAACGCCGACACCAAGUUCCAGAAGAUGCAGUACAAGGACCUCUGCACGCACAUCACUCCAGACAGCUACGUCCCCUGCCUGAGCGACCUGUGCAAGGCAUUGUGGGAGGUGAUGCUCAGCUACCACCGGACCAUGCAGUGGCACGAGGAGCAAGACAAGGAGGAGGCCGCACCCACCACAGCCCCGAUUCCUAUACACCUAUACCCUACACCUAAAGUGGAAGAGGAGGAGGCCGCACCAGCUACAGAUGAGGUGGGUGCUGCAGACACUGAGGAGGCGGUUGUGGACCACAGCUAUGUGAAGAAGAAGCUGGAGCAUGGACUCACUCGAAUCUGGCAGGAAGUCCAGCUGAAAGUGAAAGCCUAUCUGCUUGGUACAGACAUGUCCAACUUCAAAUACGACGACUUCAUCGUGGUCCUGGAUGUUAUCAGCAGGCUGAUGCAAGUGGGGGAGGAGUUCUGCGGCAGUAAGUCAGAGUUGCUGCAGGAGUCCAUCAAACGUCAGAGUGUCAACUACUUCAAGAACUAUCACAGGACGCGCCUGGAGGAGUUGCGGAUGUUUCUGGAGAACGAGACGUGGGAACUGUGUCCUGUCAAGUCCAACUUCAACAUUGCUCAGCUCCAUGAGUUUAAGUUCAUGGGUCAGAGCCGGUCCCCCUCAGUGUCUCCCAGUAGACAGGUGUUGUCCAGUCAGGACCAGGUGUUGUCCAGCCAGGACCAGGAAGUCCUGUCUCUGUUUCAGCACUUCAGCCAGGAGGGGAACCCCUUCGAGAGGCACAUCGACAACAAGGAUGAGGAGACUGAGGACGUACUGGCCUCCAACGGGUAUGAGUCCGAUGAGCUGGAGAAGUGUGUGUACCAGGACUACGACAGUGACAGUGACGUCCCUGAUGAACUCAAACAGGACUACGUGGACGAGCAGACUGGAGAUGUCCCUCUCAAGAGUGCGUCGAGGGAGACUCUGCGCAGCAGGAAGAAGUCUGACUACAGCCUAAACAAAGGCUCCAACGCUCCCAUCCUGACCAACACAACCCUCAACGUGAUCCGCCUGGUCGGGAAGUACAUGCAGAUGAUGAACAUUCUGAAACCAAUAGCCUUUGAUGUCAUCCACUGUGUUUCCCAGCUGUUUGAUUACUACCUGUAUGCUGUCUACGCAUUCUUCGGCCGCAACGAUAUGCCUGCCCCUAGCCUGUGUGUGCCCGGCGGCCAGGGUGGCCAGGGGGGCAGGGAGGCUGGUCCGGCCAGGCCUGUUGCCCCUUUCUGCUGGUAUGAAUCAUCAGGUCCGGGUCUGAUCAGCAGCCGACUGAGAACAACACUGAACAGAAUCCAGGAGAGCCUCAUCCAAAUGGAGUCUCUGGGGGAAGGCGGCUCCAGCGUCCACGGUGGUCCAGUGGAGGAGAGAAAGGAGAAGGUGCCCAGCCCCCACCUCAGCCAGCUUGUGGUCCUGACAGCCAGCGAGACCCUCUACGGCCUGGCCCAGAGGGUUGUCGCCACAGAGUCACUGGUGUUUCUGGCCGAGCAGUUUGAGUUCUUGCAGUCUCACCUAGACACCAUGAUGCCUGCAGCCAAGAAGCCAUUCCUCCAGCAGUUCUACUCACAGACUGUCUCCACGGCCAGUGAGCUACGUAAACCCAUAUACUGGGUCGUGGCGGCCAAGGCUUUAGACUACGAACAGAUGCUGCUGCUGAUGGCUGGAGUUAAGUGGGACAUUAGGGAGAUAAUGUCGCAGCACAACGUGUACGUGGACGUCCUGUUAAAGGAGUUUGAAGAGUUUAACAAGAGGCUGGGUGAUGUGUCCAGACACGUCCGGGUCCCUCUGCCUGUGUCUAAUGUCCUGUGGGAACACUGCAUCCGUCUGGCCAACAGGACUCUGGUGGAGGGCUAUGGUAAUGUGAAGAAGUGCAGUAACGAGGGGCGGGCCCUGAUGCAGCUGGACUUCCAGCAGUUCCUGAUGAAGCUGGAGAAGCUGACAGACAUGAGGCCCAUCCCUGAUAAGGACUUUGUGGAGACCUACAUCAAGGCCUACUACCUGACUGAGAAUGACAUGGAACAGUUCAUCAAGAACCACAGGGAGUACUCCAUGAAGCAGCUGGCCAACCUGGUAAAUGUUUGUCUGGGUUCUCACAUCAACAAGAAGGCCCGGCAGAAACUCCUGGCGGCUAUCGACGACAUCGACAGACCAAAGAGAUAGACAGACAGACGUGGUUAUUGGAUUUAAGGUGGCUCCUAAACAUGAGGCUGUUUUAGAAUGACCUAGGUUUGCGCAAUCCCAGUAACUUUCCCAAAAUCCCCAGGUUUUUCAGAAAUCCUGUUUGGACGAUUCCCGAUAUUUCCUUAUUACUCCUGAUUCCAGGAAUCUUCCUAAUGGGAUUUCUGGAAAACCUGGGUAUUUUAAGAACGUUACUAGAAUUUUGCAACCCUAGAAACUCAUAUACCCACCAGGAACAGAAAAGAAGCAAUGAAACAAGAACUUCUGCUAACAAAUACACUCAUACCGGAAUGUUAGUUAUUUGACACUUAGUCAGUACAUAUAGGCUACUAUUGUGUAUGCCCCUCAUUUUGAUGUCCUAUAUGCUUACAGUUCCGCUGCGUUUUCUAGGUUUCCACGGAGAUACUCCGUUUUCCUGUUCGUCGUGAAUAUACGUGUAUAUGAGGAAGGACUCUUGUUUUUAAGAUAAAUGACUUGAAAUGCGAAAUGAUACUCCAUGACGUGUGAAUCAACUGGCAGACAGUUAUCUUUUUCUCUUCCUGUAUGGCUAUAGCAUAAUGUAGUUCUUUCUGCCCGUCUGUAAACCGCUCAGGAGCAACGCCGGCCCUGGGGAAAAACUGAAUCGUUCAAUAUUUUAUUUUUGACUUGUAUGACUAUUAAGCGACUGGAAUAUCGCUGAGUUGAGAAAACGUUCCAUUUUUCCAUUGAAAUCCAGGAAAAGUUGGUAUCACAUGUACGCGCAAACACGUUGUUUUUUUAAAGAUCAUGGGAUGUUUGAUGAAAUACUUUCCUUUAGGUUAACGCCUAUGGAGACAUCCAGUCUCUAGUGCCCUUCAAGUGUCCAUUAAUGAGGAUGACGGCACUAUGUUUGUUCUGUUGUUCCAGUAGUGUAGGGUGAAGACGCCACAGACGCUGAUCUUGUCAGUUUUGCAUUUCCACCACUAAUGGUAAAGGUUAGGAUUGGGGGAGGGGAAGCUGAUGCUAGAGCUGUACACAAGGGAAUCUUCACCUCAGAGCUUGUUCAAGUCCAGGACUAUAACUGUACCUGUGCUUUGUUACGUCCAUAAAUGAUUUAUCUUGAUAUAAUGUUGAUUCUGAACAUAUUGAAUGGUUAGUUAUAGAUGAUGUACUAGGUCUAACGUGUAUUUAGAUGAUAUCUUGCAACUGAUGCACUCGUUUCUUUCCCAGUCAUAUAUGUAAAAGUGUUUUUAUUGUCCAAACAAACAAUGUCCAUCAUUGUCACUGCAUCUGUAAAAAUAUAAGUUUUUGAUAUCGCAACUGAUUCCAUUAUGUUUUCAUGCAUAACUAUACCAAGAUGAUGCUGUAAAUGUUUUGUGUUUAAAACAUUUUUAUUUAUUGUUUGGAUUCAGGACUUUUUAUAUAUACGAUAAGUACUGGAAGUGUGCUAUCAUCUGUUUACUGGCGGUACCCUGUAUCUUGUUGUCAACUGUAAAAUAAUAUUUAAAAAGACACAAUUAGACUACAUAUUAUAAAACUCAAGUGUACUAUUGUUAAAAUAAAAUCGUUAAAUGUUGGCGCUGUAGACUAAAGUAAGAUGAUUAUAGAGUAACACAAUAAACACACUAACGUUUAAACCCA